AAAAGUUAACCACACAUUUGAACAAUUUACAUCCAAGUCUCUUAAUAUCCAAUGAGACACACAACAUGAAAAAAUAGAAUAUAAGUAGAUGCUACGGAAUCCUAUAAUGGCAUACACAUGAAAUAAUAGUAAACCAAGGAACUCUUUUGAUACACAUGCCCAAGGUGUGACUAUUUUUUGCUUUGUUUCUUGUAAUAAAAGUUGACACGGAACCUUCAAAACAAAGAGGUAAGUUUGUUGGGGGUUGAGGCUUAGCUAUAGUGUUGACAUUUUACAUCUAAAGUCCUUCCCCCACAUAGUACUCACUCUCUUCUUUAUAAAGUACCUUGUUGUUAAUUAGAAUUUCAUUUCACACUCAUCAAAAAUUAUUUCUUUCUACCUCAAACACACACACACAUUUCUCUCUCUUUCCUCUUUCUCUAAUGGAGUUUCUCACUUUUAUUUAUGUUGUUACAAUAAUGCACUUAUGUUUCCAAAUAUGGAAACUGUUUGAUAAGAGAAGGGACCAAGAGUGUUACAUAUUAGACUACCAAUGUUACAAACCAAGUGAUGAAAGAAAACUUGGAACUAAUCUUUGUGGAAAAAUCAUAGGAAAAAGCGAAAAUAUCGGCCUAGCCGAAUGCAAAUUCUUCCUCAAAGCAAUUGUAAACUCUGGCAUUGGCGAGGAAACUUAUGCUCCAAGAAACUUCAUCGAAGGUCGUGUAGUGAACACGACCUUGGACGACGGAAUCAUGGAGAUGGAGGAGUUUUAUCAUGAUAGCAUAGCAAAGCUUCUAAAGAAAUCAAAUAUUUCGCCUUCAGACAUCGAUAUCCUCGUGGUAAAUGUAUCUUUGUUUUCAGCUGUUCCUUCUUUAACUUCAAGAAUCAUUAACCAUUACAAAAUGAGACAGGAUAUAAAAGCUUAUAACCUCUCAGGUAUGGGUUGUAGCGCGAGUCUAAUUUCAUUAGACAUUAUUAAGAGCAUUUUCAAGUCACAAAAGAACAAAUACGCUCUUUUGUUGACUUCAGAAUCUCUUAGUACAAAUUGGUACUCUGGCAAUGAAAGAUCAAUGAUUCUUGCUAAUUGUCUUUUCCGCACAGGCGGAUGUGCAAUCCUUCUUACAAAUAAAAGAUCCUUAAAACAUAAAGCUAUAUUGAAAUUAAAGUGUUUAAUCAGAACGCACCACGGUGCAAGAGACGACGCAUACAAUUGUUGUAGUCAAAAAGAAGAUGAACAAGGUAGACUUGGUUUUUUUCUUGCUAAAGAUCUUCCAAAAGCAGCUACAAGAGCUUUUGUUGACAACUUAAGAGUUCUAUCACCUAAAAUUCUACCAGCUAGGGAAUUACUUAGGUACUUGUUAAUUUCCCUAAUAAAAAAAGUGACAAAAUCACAUGUACCUAAGUCAUCAACAAGUAACAAAUCACCAUUGAAUUUCAAAAGUGGUGUUGAUCAUUUUUGCUUACACACGGGAGGAAAAGCAGUGAUAGAUGGAAUUGGUUUGAGUUUAGAUCUAAGUGAUUAUGAUUUGGAGCCAGCAAGAAUGUCAUUACAUAGAUUUGGUAACACUUCAGCUAGUAGUUUGUGGUAUGUAUUAGGGUAUAUGGAAGCAAAGAAGAGGUUGAAAAAAGGUGAGAGAGUGUUGAUGAUAAGUUUAGGUGCUGGCUUUAAAUGCAAUAGUUGUUUAUGGGAAGUAAUGAGAGAAAAAGAAGAUGUUGGAAGUGAUGGAAAUGUUUGGGAAGAUUGCAUUCAUUACUAUCCACCAGAGUCAUUGGCCAACCCAUUCAUGGAGAAGUACGGUUGGAUUAAUCAUGUUCAAGAACCAAGCACUUUCAAAGACAAACUUAUUCAGUUUCUCAAAUAAUCAUUUUCAUUAAUUAAGGUAUUUAAUAUUAUUUGUUGUAUUUUAGUCUCUCUGAUUUUAAAUAUAUAUCAAAAAAUUAUACUUUUUUUGGAAUAAAAGAUAAACAAAAAAGACUAUUUUAAAAAGUUGAUAUAUUUAAAAUAAAUUAUUAGAUUAAAUAUAUUAAAUUUUUAAAUAUAAUUUUUGUUUAUAUUUUAUUCUGAAAGGUGUACAUGUAUUUAGUUUAAUUUUUUUACUAAAUAUAUGUAUUUUUUAUUUAUAUUUAAAAUCUGAGAGAGAAUCUGAUUUUUAUAGAGAAAAAGAAAAAGAAAAGGAAAGUACAAAAGUUUAGAAUUUUAGAUGUUUAUUGAUUAACAGGCAUGAAUAAUGCUUAUUGUGCUUUUGGAUUGGUGCUGUUACAAUUUUUCUGUUCCCUCAAGGGUUCUUUACCCAAUAAGAUGUCCUGUUUCUAAAUUUCCACAGUACUUUAGAUGUUUAAAUUUCAUAAAAGGGUAUUAUAGUUUCUUACUCUUUUUCCCUAGCUUCUAUUUUUGCUUAGGAUUGUAUUAUUUAUUUAUUUUUCUUCUGUUUUGGGAAAAAAAGUAGUUGUAAAAUGAAAUAAAAUAUUGUGUUUGUUAUACUAAAUAUAUAUAGAGAUGUAGUUUUCAUUC